AUGGUUUCAUCUGUGUGGGUCAGUGAUUAUGUUCUUACAGAUGGUCUAGAUGUGGUUGGAGAGAUGAAGAAACAGGGAUUCAACAAAGACACCUUCACACUAGCCUUUGCCACAUGCUAUAAACUGAACACUUCAGAGUUAUAUCAUAUCUGUUUGACCCUUUUGGAAGAAGGUCAGACAAAAGGCAGCCUCAUCCCCUGGCAUGCCUAUUGCUUUGCAACUGCCCUUGCUCUUAAACAGAAUGAUGUUGACAGAGCCCAGACAAUCUACUCUCAGAUCAUGAGCACAGACUGUUGCCUAUGCCAGAACUUGAAGGUGCUCAUAUUGGUAAUGACAGGGUCCAUAAAAGAUGCAAUCUCUGCCCUCACAACAGCCUUGGUAUCAAAGACUCCAGUGUUAGUGAAAAAAACUGAGUUCUCUAAGGAAGUGUAUGAGAGAAAGAUUGUGCUCAGACUGACCAGGAGCAGCUCACCAUGGCAGUGUUCAUUAAGCUGUAGGAAGAACAACAAAAAACACCUGCUGACAUAG